AUGGCCGUCCUUGGCGAAAUCGUGAUCAGAGUAUUUAUAGCACGUCGAAAAUCGCGCGUUGAACUUCGAGCCAGUAAUAUUAUAAUGUGUUUAAGAUAUUUAUUUUUAUUCCAGAGGAACGAUGGCCACCCCCUAACGGGAGGGUUCAAGCCAGUCAUAAUCAGCGCAGGUUCGGAAAUAUGCAGAUACCGUGCUCAAAAUUGGCCCCCACGACGUAAAUUCGAAUGCAUCUACGCAUCAGCGGAGAUUUUUAGUUUAGUUCAUAGCCAGCCAACCGUGUUGGCUUCAUAUGCUUCUAUCCGGGCAUAUAGAAAAGGCCCAAAACCUCAUUCCGGAUAUCGAGAGAGCACGCAUUUGCUUCGCAUUCCACACCAAUUCCCAGGUGCACCCGGAAUAGAACUCAACAUGGAGGUCGACGAGGGACGCCCUUGGGGGCGAGAGACUUUUGUUUUCCCGGAGAUCAAGAAGCCCAUAAACUGCCAUGUAACUUGUAUCCUUCAAUCAUGGAGACCAAAAUAG